AUGGGGAAGGAAUCAGGUCGAAGGUGUUCACACUGUGGAAACAAUGGACAUAACUCAAGAACAUGUAAUGUGAAGGAGAAGGUUGGAAUGAAACUUUUUGGUGUAAGGAUUUUGAGAAAAGAAGAUGAUGAUGAAACUAUGAAGAAGAGCUUGAGCAUGGAGAGUUUGGGUACAUGUACGGCUGAUUUGAGUUCUUCUGAUCCUGGGUCUCUCUCAGAUGGGCUUCUUCAUACAAGGAAAACCACCACACAUGAAAGAAAAAGAGUUUCUUUUCUGUAUGAAAUGUUAAUUCCUUUGAUUCCUUCAGGGAUGCCAUGGACAGAGGAAGAACACAGAACAUUCCUUGCAGGAUUAGACAAACUUGGGAAAGGUGAUUGGAGAGGAAUUUCAAAGAAUUUUGUGACCACCAGAACACCAACCCAAGUGGCCAGCCAUGCUCAGAAGUAUUUUCUCAGGCAGGCUUUAUCCAAUAAGAAGAAGCGUAGAUCAAGCCUUUUUGAUGUGGCCAUUAAAAACCAAGCUGGUAUAGGAUUAGAAUCUCCACCAAUUAGCCCCAUAUCUGCUACUGCUGGUGCUCCCUAUCUCAACAGAAUCCCAUAUAUGGUAGCAGGAUUCGGUGGCAUGAGACUGAACUAUCCAGCAGUUAAAAUUGUUCCAACUGUAUCUUACAUCCCUGUGAUGAACUAUCCCAACCAAGGUUAUCCAUACCUACCUAAAUCCCACAACCACCUUUCCACUUGUGCACCCAUUCCAUCCCAAAUGCCUAUCGAUAACUCAUCAUCUCAACUCCAACAAUGUGUAUCUCAGGUAGAUUCGGUGGCUUCAAUUUCUACUGUGAACACUGAUCUAGGUUUGAGUAUCAAGCCACCUCGAUCGCCUGACCGGGCAAAGUUGUCAUCUCAGACAUCCAAUUUCCAUGAAGCUGUUGGAGUGAUUUGA